GUGCGGGCAGUGGGCACGGGGAAUCCCUAUAGGCUGAGGCCCUUGGUAGGGGUGCGCAUGCCUCUCAAUUCUUCAUACUCUCCUCUAAUUCAGUUGCACAACCCACAUCCACAUGCUCUACAGAUCACAGAAAUGUACAGUACAGGAGGAGAUCUUCACUUGGAGCUGCUGUCAGGUAGUCAGGAAGGGCAGAAGAACGUGUGGAACAUUCCACCCUACCACACGCGCCCGCUAAUGAAGGCAAACUUUGUUGCCCGCAGAGAGAAUAACCAUACCGCUUAUGUCAGAAUCGUAACCAGCGAGACAGAUAGUGACUACCUGGUAGUUCCAGUAGAAGUGGAGGUUUCUAGUCAGCCUGGGCUAUUUUGCCCUCAGGAUGGCCUCCACUUUGGCCUGCGCACCCCUCACGAUCCGCCUGCCACGCUCCCGCUACACCUACUUAAUUCGGCCCACAAGCACAUACACAUUCAAAAUGUGAUAACAACUCCAGUGAAUGAUGCAAUAUCAAUUGACUUCAAGCCUAUGAAAAUUCCACCAGGAACCGUGCGUCCAACGCAAGUGGCAACUGUAACAUUUGACCGUGAGUUUACAGUGUGGUUAUCUCUUUUUCCAACUUUUAGGUUUCCCUUAAUAUGUUUCAUCUGGUUACAACUAAUUGACUUGAAAAUUUCCAAGCAUAGGUGUGUGUUUAAUGACCAUAGUUUUGACGGGCUCAUUGCUUGUCGAAAUUUGAUUUGUGGCUCCAAUUGCCUCCCUUUUCUACCGCAGCCCUCCAAUAGUGACCCCAAAGAUCAUGGGUGGAAAAAUACUUUGAUCAAAAGCAAAGUGUCGGGCGGGUAUAAACUGAGGUAUUACUGUGCCAUUCAGCCGAUGGACUCUGCUGCAGGGUUGCGCUGCUCUGAUAACACGUCCAUCACAAAAUUCUACAACGGGGCAGCGCUAGGGAGCAAAUUCAGGAUCCACGGACACGCAGACAAGAGUUUUCAGCAGUGUGGGGGGUGUUGCUGGUGGUGCGGGAGGGGUCUUGGGGGGCGGGGGGGUGGCGGGACGAGCAACCCCGGGAGUGAGCCACGCAACCUCACGCUUACCAACACCUUUCCCUGCCCCGUCGUCAUAUACAAUCUAACACUCCCGGAGGAGGCCAGAAAACACUUCGAGAUUGGAUGGGAUGGGCCAGUUGUCAUUGAGGAAAAUCUGAGUGCACAUGUAGCAACACUGCGAUUGCUAAGUGUUGGGACAGAUGCUCGGCUUUCCACAACAGUAACUGUGCAUACAAAUGUCACCACCAUUAAAAUCCCUCUGCGUGCAUAUAAUGGGAAAUUAACAAAGUACAUACCGCCUCUCGGUGGUGAUUCUUGGCUGGACUUUGGGACGCUGGGAAUGGGCGAGCAGCGGGACAUCUUCUUCUAUGUCAUAAAUGAGAACCCAGUGGAACUGCGGUUGCGGGGGUGGGGCUCAAACCUGACCCGGAGUGCAGUAGAGCUCAUGGGGGUGGAGGAGGGCAACCUCACAACCAUCAAAAACAGGAACAACAUGACCUACACCUCAAAAAGUCUGUUCCUGAAGCCUCACCACUACGCCGUGUUCCGCAUCGGUGUGCUCACUCCUGACACGGAGGGCAUCUUCAUCGCUGAAGCAUUUGUGCAGACACAGUUCGAGCAGAUCAAGAUCCCAUUUCGCCUCCGCACUGCAGAUGGAUCUCUCAGUGUUGUGCCCAACACCAUUGUGUUUGAUCAUGCAUUCCCGGGGAAAAUAUCAAAGCAGAAUUUGCACAUUCUGUCGACGUUUGGCCACCCAAUGUCAGUGAAGGAGGUGAAGCCCCUGCCAGCUGACUCACGCUUCUCCUAUGAACCCAGCCAAAGCUCUCUCCUGACGUUACAAGCUGGCCACAAAAGCCACGUGGGAAGACUCGUGUUUGAUCCCAAAGUGGAGUGUGGCUCAGAGUGCUACACAGGUUUUCCACUCACUAGUAAAGCUGGUCAGCAGUGGGUUAACACUCUCUCCCUGACAUCUCAUGUUGCCGACACUGAUACAAGUUUGUACUCCACUCUGCGCAGUAGAUACCUCAACCUGUCAACCACAGUUUUCAAUACCUCCAUUGUCUUGCAUACUUCUGAGGUCCACGGUUUUCAUUUCACAGCAAAGGCUGUACUAACUUGGCCAGGCCUGAGUUCACCAUCACAUGUGUCAUUCCCGCUGACACAGGCGCUCAAUACAAGCAUACAGGAGGUGUUCUUAGAGAACCCGGCCAGUGUCCCUGUGGUGGCUCAGAUACUCCUGCUUCACCAUUAUCCGGCUACACAGCAGCUGCUAUCUCUCUUACCAACGGGUGAGAUGCUGCUGAAUGAGAGCGGCAAUGGGGCUAGCAGCGACGUGUUCACCCUGGUAGAUGGAGACAGUCUGGCGGCUGGGGGUGGGACAACCACAGCCAGAGGAAGCUCGAUGCCUCCGCCUGCCCCGGAAAUAACGAGUGGCCUAGCUCAGCACAGAAGGACGCUGGAGGAGCAGUUCAAGACACGUGUUGCCAAAGACAGCAUUGCACUUAUCCUUGAGCCAGGCGUCAAGGUGAAAGUGAGAGUGUCGUUCACACCACCAGAUGAAAAGCUGUACUCGACAGUGUUGUUAGUGCGCAACAACCUGACAGUAAUAGACAAAGUGUUGGUGAAGGGCAGAGGGGGGAGAGGUUUCCUCAAGUUUGCCAACAGAAAGCCUGGCUCAGCUUUGCCUCUUGCCUUCAAUAUUGGGGCCAAACAUUUGAAAGACUGUGAUAAUGGCAGAAGCUCAAAAUAUUACCAACCGAACUUCACGGUGAAGCGCUCCUUUACGGCGCGCAACACUGGUGAACUGCCCGUCCAGGUGUGGGGCUUCAACAUCAAUGACUUACCUUGUGAGGGCUACGGCUUCAAAGUUUUGAACUGUGAAGGCUUCGAGCUAGCCCCCAACGCUAGUCACAAGGUGGACAUCGCGUUCACUCCUGACUUUACCCUGUCCAAGGUACAACAACGGCUAGUCAUUCACACCAGCCUUGGGUUGGUGAGCGGGCCCGAGGAGGAGGCUGCGGCACCGAGCGAGAGCCAGGCACAGCCGGGCCGAGUUGAAUAUUCCCUGGUUGCUACCGUCCCUACCCACCUGCUUGCACAAUGCGGAGCUGCUGUGCCCAGGCCCUCAUGGGAGCCCCUCCUCUAUUAUGCAAUCUUACCUCUGAUGGCGGCCAUGCUGAUUGGGGCCUUGAUCCUGGCAGCGCUUGAGGCAGACCAUAUCCUCAGGUCUACCAAGAUUGCCAUGACGACCUCUGUGCCCUCCAAUGGACAUGCGCCGGCCUUUGACAAGUCCAAAGUGUUUGACUUGAAGAACAUUGCGCACCACGACUCUAAAGGUGCUCCCCUGAAGAAUGGCUAUGCCAAUGGCCAUGCUCAGGUGGAGAGCCUCAAGGCAAGCAGUCCUGUUUGCAGCGGUUCUAGCAACAAGAAAUCCACAGCUCCGUCAUCCACGGGUGAGAUUAUUGCAAAUGGUAGAAAGUCUGCCUCAGGUGCCAGCUCUUCUAAAAAGGUUGGCAAUAAUCAGAUCACAAGUUCAAGUACAAAAUCCAAAUACACAAAACAGUCUGACUCUAAGUUAGGUCCAGCAUCUGGAGAAAGCAUCUCUGUUAUAUCUGACAUUUCUGCAAAUCAGAACCAGAAUAGGAAAUCCAAAGGAUAUAAUAACAAAAGCAACAGCAGUAGAAGCUCGGAGUCGCCAAUGUCGUGGCGCAGCUUCUUCUCGCGGGCUGUGAGUGCGAAGGAGGACAAUGCAAUGGGGGCGGCAACAGCCAAGAACGAGCCAGCCAAUCCCAAAAAGUCACCUAACACCAGAAAUAAAGAAGAGGCGUCUGUUCUCAAGCAAUCGGUCGGCACUGAGACAGAUUUGCACAUCGAAAACUGCUCUAAGCUAAGAAGACGGAACAAGCCGAGUGUCGAGGAAGAGACAUCCUCCACGACAACAGAGAGUUCCAAUACAGAUGAAUUAUCUAUAAGUGAAAGGGACACACCUUUGAGCAAAUCAUCAGAUGUGGCAUCAGUGAGUGGGACAACGGGAAAGGGAGGCAAGCGGCGCAGUGUGCGUGCAAAGGGAGGCAAGGGCACAAGCAUGGAGACUGGGCGGGUGGCGAGCAGUGCGCUAGAUGACGAGUUGGGCUUCGAGAUCAGCACAAAGGUUAAGGGGCUGAAGAAGCUGAAGGAGUCUUCAGGUCGCAGCAACUUUGGUGGCGACAUCUAUCAGCCAAAUACACUGGAGCUGCCUUACACACUGAAACAUAUCCGGCAGAAGGACUCAGACCGCCCCAAGGAGAACCACAGGAACCCAAAGGGUACCACCAAUAAAAAUAAAGAUUCAGGUGAGAGUAUGGGCAGCACAGGGUCAUCGCCAGUGCCAAAGUGGGACGAGUCAAGGUCAGCCUCGGGUGAUGGUACAUCAGCCACGUCAGCGUCAACGUCAGGGAUGGCAACCCACAACAAACCCCAGACGCAGCCACAACCACUUGCACCAAGGGAGUCGUCCUACUCUGCCAUUCUGCUCGGCACUGACAAGCAGAAAGCCAAAGUCACACCCUUCGUCAAGGUUCCACCAGAGAUGAAAAAGAUUGAAAAGCCCCUAGGUGUCAUUGGCCAGAAGGCGGGCAAUGGAGGCAGCAGCACGAACAGCAGUGGCAUGGGUGGCUUGCACAGUACGUCCAACCCAGUGACAAGCGCAGCCGUCCCACCACUGUCCAGUAACUCACUCUUUACCAUUCCUGACAACAAUUACUCGCAUCGGCUUAAGGAGGAGGCUUACUCACGCAGCCUAUACAGUGGCUUUGGAGACAAUGCUGCACUGUCUGGCCCACAGAACAAUAACAGUAGCCACUCGUGGGACCCCAAGACUCUCACAGUGCCUGCCAUGAGGCCACCCCCUGGGCUUGUGCAGGCACAUGAAUUUGUGCGGCAUCAUGGCCCUCUCACAGAUGAGGACUGGCAGUACUGCAACCCACAGGUGGGUGGCUCACUGUGGUCAGAUGGCAGUGCUUAUCACAAUAACAACAUGGGCAUGAACGCCAACAGCACUCCACCGCCGAGCUUGUGGGACUCCCUUUCCAAUAUCUGGUCGCCCCCCUUCUGGUCCAAUCAAGGGACUUCAUGCCCGCCUAACACGCCCUCACCAUGGGGCUCCUCCUCACUGCCCAAGGCCUCAACGCCGCCUGUGAUGAGUGACGCCAAUGGAGCGGUGUCCAAGGGCCUGGGCUUUGACCCCUUCCACUCGGACAACAACAUCUGGUCAGCACCUGGCUCAGGCCACACCGGUGACCUGUGGGCUCCACCAGUAUCCAACAAGAAGGAAGCCUAACUGAGCCAGAAGCUGUACUGCAGCAGUGUGUCCUUAACAAUGGUCAUGUGGACAAUGAGGAAGAAGAAGCCCCCCCCCCUUUUUUUUUUGCGUAAAAAGUUUAUUUAGAUGGAAAACAUGUAAGGGAGGGUGUGGUGUGCCCUCCAUUUUCUUUUCUUAAUUCUAUUCUUUCUAAUCAUCUCUCAUCAUUUUUCCUUGACACUCCUUUUUCGUCUCUCAUCUCUUCUCUUUCAUAUCCUGCACCUCUCACCUCUCGUCUCCUCUUUCUUCUUGCUUUUCUCUCCUCUUCAGUUUCCUCUCCCCUCUCUUUAUUUUCUCUUUUCUCUCCCCACACUCUCCUUUCCUCUCCUCUCUCUUCUCCCCCCUUCCCCUCUCUCUCCUCUUUCCUCUCUUUUCUUCCCCUCUCUCUCAUCUUUCCUCUCCUUUCUUACAUCUCAUAGAAAUCUUUAUUUUUAUUUUAAAAUUAAACUAGGAUGGAAGUAGUUCCAUUACUACUAGAAAAGGCCUUUUACUUAAAAAGUUCGCAUUUUUUUUCGUUCAUCAACCGAAGAUAUUGAAUUUAUUUUAGUAAUAAAGAUCACUUUCCAGUCAUACAAGAGUAAACACAGUUUUUUUAAUGAGACAAGAAAAACUGAUCUCUUUUCUUCUGUCUUGCGAGUGUGUCAGUAUGAAAGAAAUUAUGGAAAGUGUGGCUGUGUAUGUAUGUCUGUACACAUGUGUAUUUGCUUUUUUAAGUUGUGCCUUUGUGAUUUGAAUACAAUAAGCUUUUUUUUGUUUUGUUUUGUUUUUGUUUUUUUGUUUUUUGUUAAUGAGAGAGCUGGUGUGUCAAGUAUAUGUGUAUACUUUUGUUUGCUGGCUUGUAAGUUAAUGUUUGUUAUGUAUAUGUGUAUCAUCAUAUACAAGUAAUGACUGUAUGUAUUUGUUAGUAAAUUAUAUGAUUUACAAAAGUGAAAAA